CAUGCGCAGUCAAACUUUUCCGCCUUGCCUGGUAGUGCAAUUUACACUUCCUCAUUGCAUGGAUUAGCAAAGUGUUCACACCCCGUGGUUCACACUCCAGCGACGUUUUUGACUAAAAUAUCACAUAGCGGGUUUCGUUUCAUUUUUUAUCCACGCAAAUGUCGAAGCCUCCUCCCAAGCCGGCCAAGCCAGGCCAAGUCAAGGUGUUCCGAGCACUGUUUACCUUCGACCCCAGAACGCCAGACGAGCUGUUCUUUGAAGAAGGAGAUUUCUUGUACAUCUCUGACACAAGUGACAGUAAUUGGUGGAAGGGGACAUGCCGAGGAAGGACAGGACUAAUUCCAAGUAACUAUGUGGCUGAGCAGGCAGAGUCUAUUGACAAUCCAUUACACGAAGCAGCCAAACGAGGCAAUCUGAGCUGGCUGAGGGAAUGUGUGGAAAACAAGGUUGGAAUCAAUGGGUUGGAUAAGGCUGGAAACACUGCCCUCUACUGGGCAUGCCAUGGAGGACAUAAAGAUGUGGUGGAGGUGUUGCUAAGCCAGCCCAACGUGGAGCUCAACCAGCAGAAUAAACUUGGGGACACCGUUCUGCACGCUGCUGCCUGGAAGGGUUAUUCUGACAUUCUGGAAAUGUUGCUGAACAAGGAUCCAAGGACAGACAUUAAGAACAAUGAGGGCAAGCUGGCUCUGGAGAUGGCCACCAACGCAAUGUGUGCGUCACUUCUCAAAAGGAAGCAGGGAAGUGACAUCACCCGCACACACAGCAACGCUGAAGAGUAUUUGGAUGAUGAGGACUCGGACUAAGCCAACCCUAUUGAAACAUCAUCACUGUCUUCCAUUGGGGUUUGUGCGGUCAUGGAGCGCAGAGUUUUAUUUCAGACCUAAAAUGGAUUUGCUGCUCUGUUUCCAACUGUAACUCCAUUUUAGUUCCAUUAUUUUGUGUGAACGCCUCAGUUCUCGGCCCUCUGCAUCACGUCAGUGAAUUUGCAUCGCAUUGAAUUGAAGCGUUUUACACUUUGCUAAGUGCAUUUCCACCUGUGGGGGAUUUGACUAGGAUUUUGUGGACUGAGGGGCAAAAUAUACAGUAUGUUGUAGUGGAGAAGGGAUCAAAGCUCUAAGAAACACAUUCCAAUGCACACAGAUUGUGUUUAACCUAUUUACACUGGGCGUUAAAGUGCCAGUGCAGAUUAAAAGAUUGAUCUAGUGUGUGUCUAGUUGAGUUUUAAUGUUCCACUUAAAUUACUGAAGUUCAAAACCACCCAAAAGGUAUUGAAACGUGUAAUUGCUUGGAGCUCAAUCACAACCAUACAGUCUAUGUUCACAACUAGGCCUAAAUUAGAUCUGUUUAUGUAUAUCUGGGAGACAUUUGUAUUUAACUUUAAUAUUUCCCAUUCAAAAUUGGACGUGCUGAGGUACACAAUGAGACAUUUUCUUGUUAUUUGCUUGGUCAAAUUUAGGGUUCCAGUCCACAAAUUGGCUUAGUAAGGGAAAGGUUUCUGUAAACUGUCUUGAAUGGCAGCAGUCAUCCUCCCCCUCCUUUUAUAAUGUCAUGAAUCUCAACUCUUACCCUUUGUACUGCACAUAUUUUGGUCUGUAUUAUAACACUCACACUAUUAAAGAUCAUUACAGUUUUAUUAAAAAAAUCGGCCACACGUAAAACCGACCCUCAAUUACCCUUUCAACUUUCAAGCUUUUGAUAGUGUGAUUUCCAUCCUGGGAGCAAUUUUCUGGUUUUAUUGCUGCUUUCUAAUUCAUUAUGUAUAAAAGUGCCUUAAAUAUGUGCAACAUAGAAAGUGUGUCUUUGGUUAUGUAUCAAUGUGAACAAGGUUAUUGUCUUCGUUUAUGAAUUUCUGAAGAUGAUUUUGUUCUAAAGUUCUAUCCGCUGUCUCCAAUCUACAAUAAAAUAUUUGUAACUUAAAAUGUCA